AUGUUGUUGAAGGCUGAGGAACAGCCCCUCGCUGAAUGGUAUGGGUUCAAGCAAGUCUUCACGAUCGCGGUUGCCGCACAUGUCGCGCCCGCAAAAUUCUUUGCCCUCACAUACAGUGAGACUAUAGCUCCUCUCGCAUCGAAGUUCGUUCUCCAUGCAGGGGCUGAAUGGGCCAAGAUAGCCCAACGUAUCAUCCUGGAGGCCCUAGAUUCUGUCACCAUCGAAAAUCUAAUGGCAGCCGUCCUUCUCCAUGAUUAUGCCGUUCGCUUAGGAAACUUCUCGAACGCAUUCAUGUUAAGUGGAAUCACCACGAGGAUGACACAAGCUUUGCAAAUCAAUCUCGAAUACAACACAGACAUACUGUGUCAAGAAGUUGAAUCCAAUCUUCCAGUGACCGCAAGAGAGUCUCGUCGUCGGCUGAUGUGGAGUUGCUAUAUCAUGGACGCUCUCGUCGGCAGCGGAGUUGACCAACUCACGCUGAUGGACGAGAGGGACAUCAAAAUUCAGCUUCCAUGCAACGAGCGAAACUUCACUCAACAAGUUCCAUGCCUUACUGAAACCUUGAAUCCUGGAAAUCGACUCAAACUUCUUCCCGGAGAUCCAGAUGAAAACUCUCUGUCGCCCAACAUGGGAAUAAUGGCAUAUUUCAUUCGACAUAUCGCACUUCGUAAGAGGGUUCUACGAUACAUCAAACACCUAGGAGAAGCCAUGGUGCCAUGGUCCCCAGAAUCCGAAUUCGCCCUCUUGGAUGCAGACUGCCGAGCAUGGUACGAAUCCCUCCCAGCCAGUCUUCAGUUCACACCAGAUGCAAUCUACAUUCGCAAAGACACAUCCCAACUAGGCGCUCUGUGUGUUUUACACUGUGCGCAUUACCAAACGAUUUGUGACUUGUAUCGACUAGGAGCACCAGCUCUCUACAAACUCCGAGCAGCCUUCGACUUCCCCCCAGAACAGCACGAGUUCCUUAAACAUCUGCAGCAGGUUCUGUUUGAUGCCGCUCGCGCUUUGGCUACUAUCGUUGGUCAGACGGCACACCAUGGUCCUCGGAUGCUGGCGGAUUCUUGGCUUCCUACUAUCACCUAUGAUAGUUGUCGGAUUAUUGUUUAUCACCUUACUCAGAUCCUUGAUCCCCGAGAGGAGAGUACAAAGACGCUUAUUUUGACGACUAUCCCUUUGUUGCGGAGUAAUAUCGCUGCUCUUAAAUCUAUGGGUUCUCUAAAUGCAAUUGCCAACACGCUAGGAUGUGCAGCAGAGACAAUGCUGGACCGAUCUGGUAUCGAGUCCGAGGUGGUAACACACAACAUAAUCCCCGAUGAUCCAUACCACCCAGACGAAGAAGAGGACACAAGCGAAAGCAUAUCAGGAACACCCAUCCAAAGCGCCCCAGACUACGUCUUAAACCCACUAACAAUCUUCCGCAUGGCCCGCAAAACAAUACCCGAACGCCACGCACCCGAAAAAUCCGGCACAUCCUCCGCACCGAACAGUGUCCGCUCAGACCCGCAUGCCGAUAUCGAGCGGUCUUCAGCGCGAGUCAGUGAUGGGAGACUGUUAGGUGGGAAUGAGCUUGAUGCUGGGCAGGCGAGUCUCGAGGAGUUACAGACUCUUUUCAUGUCUGAUUUGGGUUGGGCGUGGCAGCCUGCUGAUACGGCUGUUGGAUCUGGAAUUGACGGCGCCGGGCUUUUGCCUUGGGCUGGUGGGUAUCCUGUUAUGCAGACGGAGCCUUGGUUGCCUGUUUUUCCGUUUCCGCAGCAGGGGUGA